AUGCCCUCAGUCUGGGCCGUUGCAUUCGGCGCUUCCGUCGUAGCAGGUCUCGCAGGUUACUUCUUGGGCACUGCCUCAUCCAUCGGUCUGUUUGGCAGCAAUACCCAGCAGCGCGUCGUCAGCAGCAAUGGUGCUCAGCAUGAAAAGGGACACGACGCCAGCGAGAGCGAAGACGACAACGCAUCCGAGUCCGAUUUCGAGGACUCCGAAGACGAUCAGGAGAUCAAUGGGUUUGAGGAUUCGACCGAGGAAUGCAAACUCGUUCUCGUUGUACGCACUGAUCUAGGCAUGACAAAGGGCAAGAUAGCAGCCCAAUGCUCACAUGCCACCCUCGCAUGCUACAAGACACUUUUGCGCCAGAACUCGCCAAUCCUCAAGCGCUGGGAAGGCUACGGUCAGGCAAAGGUCGCCGUGCAGGUCAAGAGCGAGGAGGACUUGUUGAUCCUUCAAGCUCAGGCUAUCAGCUUGGGUAUCUGUGGACAGAUCAUCCACGAUGCCGGUCGCACACAGAUUGCCAGUGGCAGUGCUACUGUGCUCGGAGUUGGUCCUGCUCCCAGGUCUAUGGUCGACAAAGUCACCAGCCAUCUCAAGCUGUUGUAA